AUGGCGGUAACAAUUACAUUGUUAUUAGUCGUCGUAACACUUGGUGGAGGGGCAUGUGCCAACUUUUACCAGAUAGCAUUUCCAUCACCGCGACUGGGCUACGUAUACAAGAUGGGAAAUCCAAAUGCACCGGUACACCUAGAAAUGUUUUUUGACGCGCAAUGUUCAGACGCAAAACUGGGCUAUCAAGCCGUGUUUGAAACAGCAGAGUACUACGGACCAGAUACACUUUAUUUAGUAAUGUACGGUAUUCCACUUCCAUACCAUAGAGGAGCGUUCAUUUCACACCAGGCUUUACGGGCAGUUGAUCAAUUGGAUAGUUCACGUACAGUGGAAUACAUCCAUCUCUUGUUCGAAAACCAAUACAGAAUUAACGGAUCACCUGCAAAUGUUAGCGAGGCUGAAUUAUUUGUAAUACUGACAGAAUUAGCAACAGUUUUGGGAAUACCUGAAGAAGACUUUGUAACAGAAUUUGGCAAGCCUAUGACCGAUGUACGCUGCAGAUUUGAGAUGAAGAUGGCUAAUACUCGUGGUGUAUAUGGCAGUCCAUGGUUUUUCUUAAAUGGUAUGACAGUCGUUGAGUACUUCCCAGUAUGGACAUUCGACGAUUGGAAGGCUAUAAUUGACCCGCUGCUAGUGUAGUGUAUCAUUUGAUAUUAUUAUGAUACCAUAUCAUACCAUAUUUGAAUAUUAUGAUACCAUAUCAUACCAUAUUUGAAUAUUAUGAUACCAUAUCGUGAACCAUGAUUAAAAAUGCAAUAAAUAAUAUAUAUGUGAUUAUAAACUCA